AAAUGAAAUCAUACAAAAUUUUAAGGAACGAAUGAAACGAGGCAGUUUACAUCGCCACCACUGCUGUAUAUAAUAUUUUAUCGUACUAUAUAAUUUUUAUUUGUCAUUAGUUUGCGAAAAAAUUAUUAGUAGAAAAAAACUUAUAUAUCUGUUUUUAAGAAUUAGUAAUUUCUUUCCGGAAGUUAUAUCGUUAGUUUUAAGACUUAUUCCCCGAAUGUGUGAUGUUACAGCUGUGACAGAAUGGGUGAGGAGAAAACGCCAAAACAACAAAUGUUAAUGACAACAUUGGAAAGUUUGGGUAACCAUCUCCAUUCACAGAUCACGACCAGGUUCCCUCAGUUGACUUAUAGUCUAGUUUCUAAAAUCACUGGAAUUCUGUUGGAAUGUGGAGAAAAAGAGGUUUUAGCGAUGUUACAAAAUGGACCAAAAUUACAGAUGCGGAUAUCACAGGUGCUAAGAACCCUUUAUACAGAUCAACCCUCUCACAGUCAAAUCACGUCGCCACAACCCAUUGAUAACUCUGUUGAAUGGACAGAUGAAGAUUCUGAGAAACUCUUUGAUAAAGUAGCUACAAUUGAGCCUGUACAUUGUGCGAAAAUAACAGGAAUGCUGUUAGAAGGAGAUAAGAAUUUUCUAAGACAAUCUCUAAUUAAUGAAGAUCUUUUAAAAUCUGCCAUCUGUAAAGCUCGACUGACCUACCUUCAGUCAAUUGGUCUCAUAUCAUCUUCUGCUUGUGAUACAGAAAUAAAAGAAGAAAACAGUUUGGAUAACAAAGGAGAUGUUAUCUACUCACAAGUCAUUAUGUGGUUUUCUCCAAAAUUAGCCGAAAAAAUUACUGGUAUGCUGUUGGAGAUGCCUUCUGAAGAACUGUCACUGACAGUCAACAAUCUCAAAGUAUUGAAGAACAGAGCUGAAGAAGCAUAUGUGGCAUUGAAAAAUAGUGGUUAUUUACCUAUGUAUGAUAGUUCCUUGGAAGAUUCAGUUGAAUAAUAAUAAUCUCUUCUGCUAUAGGCACAAGGCUUGAAACUUAGGGAGAGGAGAGUAGUUGAUAACAUCAACCCCAGUACUUCACUAGUACUUAUUUUAUCAACUCCAAAAGGAUGAAAGCCAAAGUUGGCCUCGGUGGUAUUUGAAUACAGAAUGUAAAAAGCUGGAAUAAUAAUAGUAAUAAUUAUUAUUAUUGAAUCAACAGUGUAGUGUGAGUAGGACCAGAGAGGCAGUUGCCUUGGACACAAGAUUCUAAGCAGUGCCAAAUUUUAAAAGAAGAAAAAGGUAGUAGAAAUGAUAAUUUCAAAUUUUAGCACAAGGCAAGCAAGUUUGACCCCCAGUACUUGGCCAGUACUCAUUUUAUUGAUCCCAAAAGUAUGAAAGGCCAAAUUGACCUUGGCGGAAUUUGAACUCAGAACGUAAAGCAUGCUAACGACUCUGCCAGCUUGCCACCUUAAAUGUAGUUGUAAUAAUUAAAAUAAUUAAAUGUAGUUGUAAUAAUUAAAAAAAAUAGCACACACUUCCAUCUCACACGGGAAAUAUUUGCUUUGGUACAGGUGCUGGCAACCUACACUAAACCAUUCUAUCAAAUCUCUAAUUAUUGUGCUAAACUUCAAGACUGAUAUGCUAACAUUAAUUAACCUGUCAACAUACCUUAAUGGUUGAAGUUGUAAUUUAAUGAAUCUCAGCAGUUCCUUUAAAAAUCUCUUAUUUUUUAAAGCUGCUAAAUCAAAUAACAGCUCUAAGCAUUUAGAAUUAUUGUAAAGAUCCAUUAUUUAUGUGAAAUAAUAGCUCAUUUGUCCUCCAAAAACCUCAUUGAUCUAGAUAUUGUUUUUUUUUAAGAAAUCUCAAGACAUCGAAUAUUUGUAAGAUGAACAGAAAUAUUAUGAUUGGUAUGGAACUGCCUGCAAGAGGUUAAUGGAUUCCACAGACAUGAAAUGAAUGAGUUUAUAUACAAUGAAUAUAUAUAUAUAUGAAUUUUAUUGACGACUUUGCAGCUACGUACCACCCACAAGUUUCCUUGAGAUCUGUGAUUUAUUUAUUUUUAAAUUUGAAUUGUCCUCUUCCUAAUGAAUGGUAAUUCCUUCUCAGACAACAAAAGACAUUUUUGAAGGUUAAAUUUUGAAAUUAAUUUGACAGUUAUCAUAAGAGAGAAAAAGAAAGAAACAGACAGACAGAUAUGGGGAGAGGGAGAGGAAGUGGAGACAGAGAAGGAGACAGAUGGAGGGGGAGACUGACCACAGAUUAUUCUGCCUUGUUUAGUAAUUAGCACUGUUUGUGCUAAUUAACAAGACAGCAUUAUAUUUUCACACUAUUCUAUUUUAUUUUAUUGUGAAUAUGUAAAUAAAAUCUAAACAUCAAACUAUUCAG